AUGCACAAUGGAGAGUCUGACCAAUCUCCCACUCCCACCAGCCCGACACAUCCCAUCCUCAAUCGCACCACCACCGACGAAACUGCCCAGAGCCAUCACAAUCGCCCUGCAGUCUCACGAUCCGUUCGCCGCCGACGGGACCUAGUCGGUGUCCCUCUGGAUGUCCACUAUAACCAAGCGAUACACCCACACAUAUGGCAAAGCAUCCGCCGAGAAUGGACACGGGAACAACUUGUCCGCGAACGGGAGCUUUUUUUUGACACCCGAGUGACUGGAAGACCAGAAAUAUGGGCUGCCCUAGCAGCGGCUACCUCCCUUGUGCGUGCGGAAGAUAUCGCUACAGCGCAGGGCAUCUUGGAUGCUGCAGGGAUUACCGUCCCGACAGGCGACAUGUGUGAUGGCUGCUACGACGAGAGUGGCGUUUUAUACCGCAUUCCAGAGUACAUUGCCAUGGAUCCGGUUAAUGUGGUUGAGGAGUCUGCAGAUGCCACUGACGGUAAUACCAUAUGCGUUACGACUGCGGAGCUUGGGGAGGACGUUGAACGUAAUAAACUUGCUGUUGAUGUGGAUUCGGAUGAUGAUGAGGCGGAUGACAUUGAGAGGCGGCGCGAGGAGAAGGGGAAAGCUAGUGAAAGAGACCUGAUAAAGAUUUCUGCGAGGUUGAGUGACCGAGGAGGUCCGGAUGCGACGGUGAUGAUUGGGAAGAAUCACACGGUGGGAGUAUUAGCGCGGAGAAUCCAGGCUGAAGCCGGGAUUGUCGGCAAACAGCGCGUCCGAAUAGCGUAUCUAGGCAAAAUUCUCAAAGAACAAGAAAGCCUAUUAUCCCAGGGCUGGAAAGAAGGCCACGUCGUAAAUGCCCUGGUAGUUCCCGGUUCCCGAAGUUGA